AUGUCACUUCCCAUAGCAGGACUAGCUCAGUUGUCCAAAGGGAUUAUACAGGUGGUCGGAAAGGAUGCCACCAAGUUUCUCAAUGGGCUCAUUACCUCACGAAUGUUGCCCAAUGUAGUAAAGAAGAAGCAACAUACUAUCAGCGAAAACGAAAAUAGACAUGCCAACCUCUCGGAAAUAAUAGAUAUCAACAACAACUGGGGAUUGAUGCACGGAGAUAUAUACGAUCCAGAGGAAAACAUAUUUAUAGGUCGAGACGGACUCAACUCAAUGUUUCUCAACUCUAAAGGAAGGGUAACGGCUGACUGUUUCUUGUACUCUUUUCCAUUUCACAAUUCCAAAGGAAGUUUUGAGGAAGUGUUGAAAAAGCCCAAUUUCUUGAUUGAAGUAGAUUCUCGGAUUAUUCCAGAGAUGGAAUCGUUAUUGCGCAUUCACAAGCUCAGCGCAAAAGUCAAAAUCAAUACCGUGUCGGAUAUAUAUCUGUACUACUAUUAUAGUGAUACAAUGGAAUUCGACGAACUCUUGGAACAAGUUCAGGACACGUAUUUCAGGUCAGUAGACCCAAAUGAAGCUCUUGUAAAAGCCAACGAGUUUAUAGAGAGUAAUCUUAUCUUCAACAGCAGGGUUUCGUCUAAUAUUGUAGGAUUUUCUAUCGAUAACAGAAUACCGAACUUGGGAAUCAAAAUUCUCACAAAUAAGCCAUUGAAUAAUGAUGACCAGAACAUUGGAGUUGCUGUGGAUGACUUUUUUUCUGAAAGUUUCCAGCAAUCUUUCAGAACCAAUAUCAUUUCAGAAGAUGUCAUCAAUAUGAGAAGAAAUGUUAAUGGAUUAUUCGAAGGACAAGAUGCAGACAUCGACCAGACACUUCUUCCGUUCGAAUGCAACUUAGACUACACCAACGGCUUGUCAUUGGACAAGGGCUGCUACGUAGGACAAGAGCUAACUAUCAGAACGUACAACAAUGGCGUUAUACGAAAGAGAAUCAUGCCAGUACAAUUCUUCGAGAAUAAUGAAGAAACGGUAGACGAAAUUCUGAACCAAGGCUAUGUAAAUAUUGAUUCGUCCGACAAAGUAGUUGAAACGCUCAAAAUGCUCAAUCAGACUACGUUGGGUAAAUUGGACAUGUUACCUUUGUACGACUUGCCAGUGGAGAAUGAAGAAAGUAAAAGCGCUAGUCCUUUUGCGAGUUCACCAUUCGGUGGAGAAUCCAAAAAGCUGCGACGCAGAAAAGCCUCUAGUGGUAAAAUUAUUUCCCAGCAUGAUAACGUUGGUUUUGCUCUUGUGACGUUAUCAGAAAUUGAGCGAAACGACUUGUUCAAGAUAGAGGUACCUAGUCUAGAGGGGGGUAUGAGGUCUGUCGGAAUAAAGGUGUUUACUCCUGACUGGUGGCCGGAACAAGAGGACUACUAG